CUAUAUCAAAAAGUAACCAGGGUGUUGUCCAUCUUCAUCUAGACACAAUCAUAAGAUUGUCAAUCAACACUUCCUGUGUUUCUAGAAUAGAAAGGGAAAGGAUGUCACAGUGACGCCAUCAGGGCCAGAAUUAAACUUUGAAGCCCAAAGGGUAAAUCUUUACAAUGGCCUUUCUCACCUCCGUCCCUGUUCUAAGCACACUCACUUGAUCACACUCACUUAAUCACACAUUCUCCUAAAACCACCACCAUGCCCUCAGCCUGGACCGAUGACAACAACAACGGCCAACCCCCAAACCAUGCAUCAUCCCCAACCCCAGCCGCCAACUUCCUCACGACAGAGAUCUACAACAUCGGCGCCCAGCCGGGCAUCCGCUCGCUGCCCCCGAGCCCAGAACGCGACUUCCUGGCCCUAACCUGGGGCCCCGUCGUCUAUCGCACGGCCUACAGCGCCCGCUCGGACCGACUCCUCCCAGUGUUUCUGCGCGCCCUGUCCUACGAGGUCCAGGCGGCCAUCCCGCGCCGGCUCCCCGGCACGCCCAAGCAGCGGCACCUCCUCGAGACGAGCUACGCCUGCAAGGUCUUCAGCGACGAGACGCGGUACGCGGGAGCGGAGAUCGGCGCCGUCCGCCGUGCGUUCCACGACUGGAAGCGCGCGGACCUGGCGCUGCCGCUGAUGGAGCUGCCGGCGCGGUUGCGGGUGUGUUUGGUGGUGGACGAGGAGGUGCUGCGGGCUUUGGAGAGGAUGACGACGAAGGUGGACGAGGUGGACAUGGACGAGGAGGCGAGGGGGAGCUCGACGGAAGACGACAGCGAGAAGGGAUCCGGGGAGAGGUCUUACGGCCGAUGUCCGGUCAUCAUGGUGGAGGAGAAUUUCCCGGAUCGGAGGAGGCGGGACUCCAACCCCGCGGACGGAGAGUACCCCGGCUGGACGCAGGUGGCCCUCUCAGCAGUCGUGGAGGUACUCGAGGGGAUGAGGUUUGGAAAUGGAUUGAGCCGGUUUCAUCGCUCUGGCCGAAUCUAUCUGGGAGAGAGUCAGUGGUCUUGAUGGGUUGAUUCAUGUCUCUUGGAGUUUGGGCUCUUUUGGCUCGUAUAGAUCGUUGGCGUUAGGAACCGGGUGUACAGGUAUAGAGCUGGGAUAGAUAGAGUAUUCUUAUAUAAACGGUCUUGAGAGUAUCAUGAUUAUGAC